AUGGAACUGAACCUGGUACUGAAUCUGAACCUGAAACUGGAACUCUGUACUCCGUGUUUUGGGUUUUUGUUUUCUCUUUUUGGCAUUUCCGAUAAGAAAGUAUCGAAAGUAUAUCUUGAAAAACCAAUUUUUUGGCAGGCUAAAAAUGAGUUUCUGUUUCGUUUUGAUAACGUAACUCAGAACUCCGAGAAAAGUCAAUCCGAAAUAGGAGUUAGUAUAACCAAUCCAAUCAUGAUCGAGGAAAGUCAGAGUCAAACAGAAAGUGAGAGCGAUGAGGCGCCGAAACCGGAACCGGAAAAGGAACAGGAACAGAAACCGGAGGAGGAACAGGAACAAGAACCGGAUGUGGAGCAGGCCAGGAUCAGGGAAUCCGCGGAGGAUCUGAGCAACAACGAGUGGCUGAGUCUGCAUGGAUAUCCACCUGGCAGCGCUGAACAAUUGCUGGCCAUUUUCCGGCGCUUCUGUUCAAUAAUUUCGCAUCGCAAGAGUAAGCAUGGUCUGGAGCUGAGAUUCGCAUCCGAGGAGCGUCUGCAGCUGGGCGUUCUGAUGGCCAAGCGUCUGGUGGUGGGCAACAUGCAGAUCAACUGGCAUAUCGGCCGCCUGGAGGAUGAUCCAUCCAUUAAUCCCGAUCCAUCCAGAGAGCGCAGUACGGCCAGUGAACUUGGCGUUUUGGGUAAAUUGCGCAGGGCAUUCGCCAACUACUUUCGCUAACUCUACCAAUGCACAAUGUAUCUUGUACUUUUAAAGCAGUAAAACAGCUUAUUGGCAAUCUUAUUGGCUAUACAAAUGUUGGGGAUUAUUAAAAUAUAAAUCUUAAAUCGUAUAAUUAGCAAGUA